AUGCUUGGCCAAGUUACUUUUGGUUGGAUAGACAAGAGUUGCAAACAAGCAACUGGUUAUAAUGACAAAGUUUUUGGAGGAAAAUCAUUGAUUUUAACUGGUGAUCCAGGUCAAUUGCCACCAGUAGCAGAUAAACCUCUUUACCAUGCUAGACCAACAAACGCUGUUGGUGAACAAGGUCAUCAAGCAUAUCAUAUGUUUGUGUUAAACUCACUGUAAAUCAAUAUGUGCAAGGUAUGACAUCUGAGCAAGUACAGUUCAGAGAUUUGUUAUUACGACUUCGCAAAGUCAACUCAACAGUUGAUGACUGGAAGUUACUUCUGACACGUCAACCAUUGAAUGUUACUAAUUUAUGUGACUUUGAAGAUUCUACUAGACUCUUUUAUAGUAAUGAACAAGUUGCUAAUUACAACCAUGAGCAGCUAACAAAACUUGAGCAUCCAGUUGCUCAUAUUAAUGCUCGCCAUUCAUCAGCAUUUGCAAAAAAGAUAUCCUCAGAUGAUAUGUCUGGGUUAGAACCUGUUGUGUUUCUAGCAAAAGGUGCUAGGGUCAUGUUAACCAUGAAUUUGUCGAACUUAACUAAUAUCAAUUAUAAAUAUGAAUUUGGUCUCUGCAAUGGUGCUACUGGGACAGUUGUUGAUAUUAUCUAUCAGAACAACCAUGAACCAUCAACCACCUGGCUUACCUGUUGCAGUAAUAGUAGAAUUUGA